UCAAUAUCUUGGUGCAGGGCCCAUCCCGCCCGCUUCGGUAGGACCUAAGCCCGAAGCGAUCGUAUUCGAGCUUGGAGAUGUCUUCGAUAGCUCCUUAUGUAGAGACAUAAACUCGGAGAGCUGCCGCCUCAUCAUCGUUCUAUUAGCUUCGACUCCAAACAUCAAUAAUCUUUCGUUCUCGACGCCUUUCUACUCCCAGUUGAUUCAUCAAUUAUCUGCUAUCCGCCAACAUGAAGUACACUUUCGCCGCUGCAGCUCUCUUCACCAGCGUCUUCGCUCAGGGCUACUGCCCUGCUCCUCAGCCUACUCCCACACCUACUCCCCAAGUCGAAUACUUCAGUGUCAUCUCUGCUCGCAGUGCUUCUCCAAUCCACUUUCUUCCCCUCCAAGCCAACGGUGGCAGGUUCUUCCUCGGUGGUGAACCUUCGGCUAGCUGUCCUGACGGCGUUGGCGCUUGCCCACCUGGCAACAUCACUUCCCUUAUUGGUGGCGACGGCAGUCUCUCGCUCGGCUCUAUUGUUCCCCAGCAGGUCUACGUUGCGAUUGACGGCACCUUGUCGUACACAGGCACAGACGGCGCCCCUCUUCCAGCGGGCGCUAUCGCCAAUAUGUUCGAGAAGACUGACCCUGAGGGAUCGACUCUUGGAACCUUGAGCUACGAUACUGGUUUCCUUGCCUGCCCCCAGACCGAUGGCCGCUACCAGGUUUAUGGACAGCGGGAUGGUGUGAGCUUCGUCGGCACUUGCUUGGGCUUCAGUGCUAUCACCUCGGACGUCGACGGCCCCACUGCUUACCAAUACUAAGUCGCCCUCAACGUGGUGAUAAAAACGUGCUCCGAAUAAUGAUAAUGUAAUAAAAUGGAUGGGAUGAUUGAGAUGUAGGAUAGCAUAAUGCAUGUGUUGUAAUCGUAACUACUCAACGGCCGAUGCUGUCUGCCAGCAAU